UUCCGCCUCCCUCUAAUUCGUAUUCUCUUCUAUUCAAUCUUCUGACGAUUGAAAUCCAUAUCUCUCUGUAUUCGAAUUCCAGCAGCUCCCGAAGCUCCGCCGCCGCCCAAAGAGAGGCAACAUUACUUUUUUAGGGUUUAGGGUUUAGGUUGCCCCAGCUCCCUGAAAGAGAAUUCACUUGUUAUCUUGUUUUUGGUCACUUUGUUGUGCUUUAUGGAGUUGUAAUGCUUAGUUAGAUGCUUAAUUUGUGUUUUGCAGAUUCUCAAGAUCAUUAUGCUGGGCUCUCGCGCUUCAAGAAUCGGACUUUUGGUACUGAAACAGCUCACCACAGGCAAAUCCAUUUGCGGACCCAGACUUGCAACUCGUUCUUUCACUCAAUUCUUGCAACCGAUCUAUCAUCAACAGUCGGGGACCGAGCUGUUCAGGGGAGCCAUCUUUCAGAAGCAUCAUCAGUUUUCUACUACUACUGCCAGCACUUCAGAUCAAGGGAUUGAGCAGGAAGAAACGAUAUCUGUAACCUUUGUUGACAAGGAUGGAGACGAAAAAAACAUCAAGGUUCCAAUAGGCAUGUCUAUGCUAGAAGCUGCUCACGAAAAUGACAUAGAACUUGAAGGAGCCUGUGAAGGUUCGCUUGCCUGCUCAACAUGUCAUGUGAUUGUAAUGGACAUGGAGUAUUACAACAAAUUAGAAGACCCAACUGAUGAGGAAAAUGACAUGUUGGACUUGGCAUUUGGACUUACAGAAACGUCUCGUCUGGGUUGCCAAGUCAUUGCAAGCCCCGAACUUGAUGGAGUUCGUUUAGCUAUUCCUGCUGCCACCCGAAACUUUGCUGUCGAUGGGUAUGUACCAAAACCACACUAGCGAUGUAGAACAGUUCAGGAAGAGUUGGUUGGGGAUGUAACUGUUUGUCCCAAUUUUUGUAGCUCUAAUUUUAUUGACCCAAGCACCAAUUGUGUUUAGCCUUUGCCCUUUUUUUUAGUUUUAUUAUUGCUGCUAGUCUUUUAUAAGUUCAGUAGUUAGAUAAUCUAUACCAUAUAUGAGUAAAGGCUCCUUUGUCCAGAUCCUCAAUUGUGUUGUUUUUGAAGAAUAUUGUUGUAAUGCACUCUUAUUUUUGAAUAAAUGAAAUGAUACAUUUCGUUUUUCUCCAAA